AUGAUUGGGAACCGUUUUGGAAGCGCGCCUUCCAAGGACGGCAGAUUGGGAGAGGCAGGUCUUUGGGGAAACACUAGUGCGAGGAGCCAUGCUGACAAGGUAGAUGAAGGAAUUCUAGUAGAAGGACAUUCUAGCCCUUAUCCUCCCUUAUGGCCCCAGUCCACAACAACCACUUCUCCAUCUUCUCUUCCCUGCUCCCCCCACCCCCUCCUAUCUGGUUGCUUCCUUGGAGAUCCCCCACUCCCUCUCCUUCAGAUCCAGGCCCUCAGCUCACCAUGGGCGGUUCUCCCUCCAGGGAAGGGGGAAGAGAGACCCAGACGUGAGAUGCAUAGCGACUACCUGGAUGGGCUUAGGAGCCUAUUUGAGGGAACUCCCUGCCCCUUUCCUGGGGCUUUAAUACUUUUCCAAGCCCCUCGGAUCUCUUGCCCUUCCCCUACCGCACCAUCAGGAGAUCUGAAUAUCAAGGACCACCUGGCUAUCAUGUAUGAGAGACUGAGACAAGAGCUCCCCAAUCUCUUCCUUCACUUCCAUGACUAUACUCUGUAUUCAUCGGGUGUGGAAUUCAUCAAUGAGAUCCUGAACGUAUGUACCAAGGGCUGGACAUGGUACCUUCUGUCACUGACCAUCUGCCACUUCCUGGCCUGGAACUAUUUUGCACAGCUUCAGUUGGAGGUUCUACAGCUGACCUGCAACCCAGAGAAUUAGACCCUGCAAGCCUGCUGGUGGCUUGUGGGGCUGCUCAUCCACAUAGUCUUUCUACAUUUCUAUAAGUGUGACAAGGAAGAGCUUUACCAGACCUAUGUUGCCAUUGCCUAG